AAGUCUUUGCAAUCUGCAAUCUUGCACGUACGCCGUUUCGAGAAAGAGAAAGAAAAAAUGUGAAGUAAUCACGUAGAGAGGUUAUGGGAUCGUAAAAAUAUACAAUUUGUAUUUGAAUGAAUUUUCCUUGUGAUAAAUUAUAAUUAAGUGUAACAGACGUUUAGGAACUAUUGAAAUGAAAUGGAUCACCGUGCAAGAAAAAGAAUCAGAGAAGUAAAAAGGAAGGCUAGACCAGAAUUGAACUCGAAGGGUGACUGGACAUCGCAAGGAUAUUUAAACAAUUUUGAACCAUUCAAAGUUGUUAAGGACAACAUCGAGCGAAUCCAAGUGAGAGAUGUCUCGCCGCAGAGCUUCAUAGAGAAAUACGAAAGCAAGUACAAACCCGUAGUUAUCUUAGGGGCGCAGGAUGAGUGGAAAGCACCCCAGAAGUGGACUUUGGAGAAGCUGGAGAAAAAGUAUCGCAACCAGAAAUUCAAAUGUGGGGAAGACAACGAGGGCUAUAGUGUGAAAAUGAAGAUGAAGUAUUACGUUCAGUAUAUGAAAACUAGUCAAGAUGAUAGCCCUUUGUAUAUUUUUGAUAGCAGCUUUGGUGAGCACGUCCGACGCAAGAAACUUUUGGAGGAUUAUGAGAUUCCGGUGUACUUCCGCGACGACUUGUUCAAGUACGCCGGCGAGGGGCGUCGCCCACCGUACCGGUGGUUCGUGAUGGGCCCCGAGAGGUCUGGCACGGGGAUCCACAUAGACCCUCUGGGCACCAGCGCUUGGAACGCCCUGAUCAGCGGGCACAAGAGGUGGUGUCUGUUCCCCACGCAUACCCCCAAGGAGCUGCUGAAGGUGCUGCCCUCCGAGGGCGGCCGGCAACGGGACGAAGCCAUCACGUGGUUCAAAGUGAUAUACCCUCGCACCCAGCUUCCCGAUUGGCCCAAGGACUGCAAGCCGGUGGAGAUCCUGCAGGGGCCGGGGGAGACGGUGUUCGUGCCGGGCGGCUGGUGGCACGUGGUGCUCAACCUGGACGCCACGAUAGCCGUGACCCAGAACUUCUGCUCGCGCACCAACUUCCCCGUGGUGUGGCACAAGACUGUGCGCGGCCGCCCCAAACUCUCCCGCAAGCUCUACAAAGUCCUGAAGGCGAAGGAGCCCAGGCUGGCGGCGGUGGCCGACUCGGUCGACCUGAGCGCGUCGACCGGCAUGGCGUCGGACAGCUCGAGCGCGUCCACGUCGAGCAGCUCGGGCGAUACUUCGUCCUGCUGCUCGUCCCAGGGCGAUGAGGACAGCGGCCAGGAGUCGCUGUCGUCCGGCAGCCGCAAGAAGCGGCGGAGGCUCUCGUAGCAGCCCGCCGCCCCCCGGAAGUCUUCUCUAAAUAUCGGUGGUGCUGUGCAAGUCGUGAACUUGGCCCACGUAAGAAGAUACCAACCCGCAAGUAAACUUCUGGGCCUCUGAUGACUGAUGGGACGGUAGAUGGUAUACGAGUCCUACAUUUGUUAGCUUGAUUGUCAACAAACGUAUUUUAACAAAAAAAUUAAUUGUGACAUUACAAUAGGUAGCGCAGUGUGAAACUUAUUUGGAUGGAUGUACUGUAUAUACUCUUUUAUAAAGUGUGUUAUUUUUUUUAAAAGUAUUACAUAUUCAGUCUGUUCUGAUGUAAGAUUUUUUAUUGAUUGUUGUGUGGGAACAAAGUUCCAAAUCCUGAGGAUUUAAAGCAACAUUAAAAUAUUGCAUAGCAUAGAUUUUGCACAUCAGUAACCAUAAUGAAGGGACAAAUGGAAUUGGAGACGUGCUAAAAAAUAAGUCAUGAAAAUUUUUCUUUAAUUUCUGACUGUGUAAAAAAGGAAAUUAUUUAUAUUGAUUCAGCAGCUACUUUUAUACUGACAACCCUUUACAUGGUUAUUUUAUAUAUAGUAUUUGUAAUUUCUACAUCAGCUUUACAUGUGGAGUAAUGAUAACCAAGAUAGAAUAUUUGCUCCACUGCAAAUACGGUACAUUAACUUCUAAAAUUUUGAUUUCAUAUUAACAACUUAUAAAUCUGCUGGCUAGACAUUGUUGUUGAAUGUUGAUUUUAUAUUUAUUUUAUUUUUAAUUUACUACAAAGAAAAUGUCAGUUAACUUCCAAAAAGCUUCAUCCAAAGAGAAUGUUUUAAAUUUAAUAUUAAAAAAAAACCAACGUGUAAUAAACUUCUCAUUUAAAUCAGUUCCAGUGAAUUAAAAAAAAAAAUUAAAAAUUUUAUAAGUGCAUGAUUUCAUAGUCAUGUUUAACAUUCAUUGACUGACUAGAUUUAUUAAUGUAUUGAACAUGUAACUAACUACUUAGGUAUGUCAAUUCUUAUUUUAGUUUGCAUAAAAAAAAAAGUACUAAAAAGUACUAAAAUAUACUUCAUAAAUAAAAUGAUAAAUUAUGGCAUUAUUUAUGUUGCUAGUUAUAUACUACUGGUUUUACAUUUUAAAAAUGUUUUACCAUUGGUAAUGUGAAUUGAUGUGGCUUUCUUAUGUUUUAUUAUUUUAUAGUUUUAUUAAAUUUACUACUCAUUUGACAUACUAAUAAUAAUUAAUAAAAUUAGUAAUGAUUAAUAAAGAGAUUCAUUGAAUUUUGAAUGUGUGGUUUAUGCAUCCUUAUUAAUUUGGUGAGACUGAUUAGAAAAGUAUGAAUACUACUAUGUCUAACUGUGGAAACAUAUUUUCGUAAAUAUUUAUAACCAGCAACCAGAAUAUUCGUGAACUUUUGAGGUUUAUUGAACACACACUCUCUGCUUUCUUAGUGCUAACUACCAACCACUUUAUUGAAGAGUACAUACAGUUUUUAAAAUUUAAGCAUGUUCUUUAUUUCAUUUAGGUUUACCAAGUGGCUAAUAUUCUUUCGUAUUUAGUAAUAUUGUCACUUAAAUAUUUUAUGUGGUGUGUGUAUUAUGUACUUUUUUUGUUUUAAUAUUUGUAUUUAAUGAUGGGAUCAGUUCAAAAUAAUAUAUAUUUUUUUUUGCAAGAAUUAAUAAUGGACUUUCAUACAUGCCUGUUCAUAAUUUAAUUAAUUUUGAUCUAUUUUAUUUUGUAUAGUAUGUGUAUUCAUGUGUACAUCCAUAGUAAGGCAUGUAUCUAGUCAGUGCAUUACAUGUUGAAAUGCUAGUUGUUGCACAUACUGGAGAUACCAUUGGCAGCACUGUAGAUGUGUUUAUAAUCAAAUAAAAUAAGUACGGGAAUCAUUUUCACACACGAGAGAGCCAAUCAUCCGAUCGUGCAUCUUCAGUUUUUUUUUGGUUCAUUGUAAAUAAAUAUGGCGGUGUUGAUAAAAGGAUACUAAUGGUCAAAUAGGUUAGGUUGGCUACAUAAAAGAUACGGAAAAAAAGCGUGAACUUUAGGGAACUUCGGGUUUUGGCUCUCUCGUCUGUGAAAAGAUGGCUUCCCAAUAAGUACAGUAAAACCCAUAUAUAGUGAACCUCUUUAUAACAAAAAGCCCUUUACAGCAAAACUAUAUCUAUAGCACUUCUCAUUGUUACUUUGCAGGGUCAUUUGACUGGAUAAUUACUUUUUCAUUCCAAUACACAAUUUCUGCCAUUAACACUUUCCUUGUUUCAAUGUGCUCUGUUGCCAGAUAUACGACAUAGAGCACAAAAGUAUUUGAUACAACUUUGUAAUGUAAUGCAUUUUUUAUGUAUCUGAAACAUUGUAUUUUGUAAUGCAAAAUUUUGAAUGAGAAUUUUGAAAACAUAUUCUUGUUUAUUUCAUCAAAAGCUUUAUCUGAUAUAUUAUCUUUUUUAUUUUUAAGGAGACGUAAUUGAAAGAUUCAUUCUUUGUUUCAACUAUUUUUGUUAACAGUUGUGUACAUCAAUUAAUAUUAAAAAUACUUUGGCUCUUUUGAGCAUAGAACAUAAUUUAAUGGUAUUCCUUGUUAUGUUAUUAAUAGUGACUACUGCUACAAAUAGUUUCUUCUGUAAGAUAAUAAGUGGUGUUAUCAUUGAAUUAUUUUUCUGUCAGAAUGACUACAACUGUUAUAAUAGUGUCAAUAGACACUAUGUCAUGGUUGUAGAAAAUUCAACAGAUAUUAAUAUUAAAAAAAUAUAUUAAAACUUAGUACAAUGAAUGAUGGUAUACAAAAUAAGACUUUCAUGUUAACAAACCGGGUAGUAUCAUUCUGGCAACAGUGGUCAUUAUUUACUCUGUAUUGCUAUAGCAAAAGUCAUUACAUCACCUCUACAUAACUAACUUUUGUCUUUCAGAUGUGAACUCCUUUAUGAAAUAAAAUUCAUAUUUAUCUUUAAACUAGCCUACAUUUAUUAAUAUCUUAUCAGUUAUGUUAAUGAUUGAACAAAUGACUUAAAGUUUAAAUAAAAAAUGAGUAACAUAUUUAAAUAUUCACAAAAAAAUUCAUAGAAGUAAAACACUGCAAAACUAUGCCACAAAUUUUAAAGAUUGCUGAUAAAAUUAAUGGGAGAUCAACAAAAUACAUGAUAGUUGGUUUGAUUCAUUAAUUUAAGAAAUCUAAUUUUUACAUAUUAUGUGCUGUUUGAUAAAAUUCAGUGGCAGUUGAGAGUUUGGCAAAUUUAUAAUAUAGACAGAAUACUAAUUCUUGUUUCAGUACUCAAUGUAACAAAUGCCUUGCAUAUUUUGUGACAGUAACACAAAAAAUUUCACAUGAUGUGUCCAUGAAUAGUAGAAAAUCUGACACUGUAAACUUUCUAUACUUGUUUAGUUAUGCUCUUUAAAUAAAAAAUCACCUUUAGAACAAAGAUAAAAGUAAUUCAUUCUCUUUAAUUUUUUGUAUAGAGGUUUUACUGUACUAUUUUAAUUUUAUUUGGUGUUUUAGCACAUAGAUUGACUACCACCGAAUUAAUUAAUGAACUGCAGUAUUUACUUCAUUUUCGGGCAUUAUUACAGUAGGAAAUGACUUGAACUGACCCAUCAUUUUACCAACAUUUAGUUCAUACCGUUUAUUAAGUGUACCACCUAGUGCAACUGUGUUAUCUAGGAGUAAUUUAUUUUUUUAAUAAGGUUUAUUUUCGCUCAUAAUUCCAGCCGUAUUGACGAGUGUUUUUGUUCUGCAAAUGUAUGCACCUUUGUGGGGCUAGUCCACUCAUUCUCACCCAGAGUGUGCGUUGGUAAAACUAACUACGUAUCGUAUUAUCCUGAACAUAAGUUGGAAAUUAUUCCGUAAAUUUAUAAAGAAAAAUGCACACCGGAAUUAUAUGCGGGCAUUUCAGAAAUAGCAAGAAGAAAAAAAAAUAUAUUUAUUUAUAUAUAUAUAUAUAUAUAUAUAUAUAUAUAUAUAUUUAGCAUAGGGUACCCUGAAAACAUGUCUAUUUUAUCCUA